CAACAACAAAACAAAAUGGAGGUCUUUGAUGUGUGUGUCGCGUUGUCUUGAAAUUUGCUGCUAGAAUUUUGCGUUAAACGCUGUGAGCGAAUGUGUUUCACUGCGAAUAUGUCAAAGGUCGGCCAUGAAGUGCGCGAAACACGAGACACAAAUGACUUUUUCCAUAUAAAAGCAACAACAAGACGUUAAAUUGCACACCAGUUGUAAUUAAGUUUAGUAGUUAGAACCCGCAACAACCAACCAAUAUAUAAUCGUAAUCGAUAAGGCGAAGGUGGAAAGAGAGACCAGAGACACCAGAUCCCCGGGGAAAGGAUAUCAGCAGCACCCCUGAGAAGUGGAACUUCUCCGCAACCGUCUGGUUCUCAGUUCUCGGUCCUCCGUGACCUUUUAGGCUUUCGACAUUUUGACAACGGCCACGCGCAGAAAGCAGCAUCAAAAUUAAGCCAAUAGACGACCAAACCUAAAACGCAGCGGCGUCGCGUCCUUCGACGCGUAACGGACAUUUCUGUGUGCGCUGCGUUUAAAAAAUCUGAUGGAUGGAAAUGCACAAAAUAUGUUUCACGGAAAUCAUCAAGGAGAUCCCUAUUACCGUUACGAUGCGGCAGCCGCCGCAGCAGCCGCCGCCGCGGCCAAUCCUCGGGCAAUGGGACCGCCCGGCGGCUAUCCGCCGCGCCACCGCCCCCCGCAUCCGCUCCAGCAACAGCCCCAAUACCCAUCGUACCAGCCAACGGCGGAGAAUCUCUACGGGCUGGGGGCCGCCGAUCACCAGGCGGCCAUGGGCGUGGGCCUCGGCGUUGGAGUAGGCGCCGGAAUGGGUGAUCUGAGCGGCUGGGGAGCGGCGCCCUCGGUGCCGGGCCAGGCGGCAGCGUAUCCCGGAGCGGGACUGGGGGCCUACGGUCAUCCGCAGGCAGCUCCGCCAGCGCAGCAGCAGCGCCAGAGCAACGCCAGCGCCUACCGCCAACACAUGCCCGCCUACGGACAGCAGGAGCAGCAGAAACUGGCGACCUACGGCGCGCAGCAGAGCAUGAUGGCGGGCUACGGAUCGCUGGCGCCCCAGCAGCAGCAACAGCAGCAACCGCCCACGCCGCAGCAGCAGCAGGUGGUGCAGCAACAGGCACAGCAGGUGCAACAGCAGGCGCAGCAGGUGCAACAGCAGCAGCAGCAGCAGAGUCAGCAGCAGGCUCGACUGCCGCAGCACUAUCCACAGGCUCCCGGCCAGCAUCCGUUGUAUCCCGGGGUGGGAGCACCCACUGUCCAGGCGGGACAACCUCCCACGCCCCAAGCCUACGCCCACAGUCCGUACGGCAGUCCCAUGCAGCACCAGCCGAGCAGAGGAGCGCCCCAGCACGUGGGCUACGGGCACACGGGACUGGAUCAGGCCUCGGCCUACGGGCAACACGUGCCGGGAGCAGCGCCACCGGGCCACCACUUGACCGCGCAGCAGCAGCAGGCUGCGCAGCAACUGGGCGCCCACCAGCAGCAGCAGCUCCAGUCGCAGCAGCAACAGCAGGCGCAGCAGCAGCAGCAGCCGCACGUCUCGCUGAUGCAGCAGCAACAGUUGCCGGGCGCAGGUCUGCCGCCGCCACACAUGGGAAUGCCGCCUAGCUAUGGGAGCCACCACCAGCAGCAGCAACAACAGCAGCAGCAGCAGCAACAGGCCCAGCAGCAACAGCAGCAGGCAGCACCGCCUUACAUGUCCAGCAGCAAGCAUCAACAGGCGGCCGCCCAGCUGAACUCUUCGCCCCAGUACCGCGCUCCGUUCCCUCAGCUCUCGCCACAAAUGUCGCCACGUCCGCCGACCAUGUCGCCGCAUCCACAGAUGUCCCCGCGACCAGUGGGCGUGUCACCGGCGAAGCCACCGCCUCCCCAACAGCAGCAGCAGCAGGCGCAGGCCCAGCAGCCCCAACAGGUGGUGAACAAUCAGCCCAGCCAGCACAGCAUACAGGGCAUGGUGGGUCUCCCCUCGCCGCGUCCCCAGCCGCCGACCAGCGGAGCGGGGGGAGCGGGAGCCAAGGUUCCGGCGCCAGUUGCGGCGCCCGUGAACACUCUACAGGCCCUCGAACAAAUGGUGAUGCCGUCGCAGGCCCUCGGACUGCCGCCCAUGGAUUACCCGUCGGCCUACAGAAGUUCCGUCGGUCCCAGGAUGCCGGCAUCGCCGCAGCAACAGCAGCAGCAACACCAUCAGCAGUGGGGCGCUGCCCAUGGAGCACAGCACUUGGCGGCCCUGCAGCAGCAGCAGGCCCAACAGGUGCAGGUGCAACAGCAGGCGCAACAGCAAGUGCAGCAGGCACCGCCGCAGCAGCAGCAGGCGGCCAUGUUGCAGCAGCAACAUCACCAGCAACAACUGAGCAUGUACGGCCAGACGAUGGGGCAGCAGCAGCCCCAAACUCCGCAGCAACAGGUUGUGCCACCAGUCGCGGCACAGCAACCGCCAGUAGUCCCAGCCAGUUCCCAGCAGCAGCAGCAGCAACAACAGCAGCAGCAGCAGCAGCAGCAACACCAGCAGCAGUCACUCAACGAUCAGUUGCAGCACUCGAUCAACGAUAUCGUUGGGGGCGGUAACAGCAGUGGGGCAGGAGCAGGAAGCACCCAGAGCCAACAGCAGCCCCAACUGGCGGCCAUGUCCUCACCGUUGCAUCAGCAAAGUCUGCCCAGCAUGCACCAUUUAAUACAGCCAACCAUGGAGACGCCACAGCCGACGCAGCAGCAGCAACAGCAGCAAACGCCACAGCAGCAGCAGCAACCGCAGCAGCAGUCGCCGCACCACCAGCAAAUGCAACAUCAGUCGCCUAUACACCAGCAGCAGCAGCAACAGUCGCCGCACCACCAGCAACAUCUACCCAGCUACAAUCAGUCGCAGCAGCAGCAAUUCGAUCCUUUUGCCAACAUCCUAGGAGACAAUCAGCCACCUGCGCCCCAACAGACAAUGUCGCCUGCUCAUGUCAGUUCGCCGAUACCGGCGCAAAUGCAGCAGCAGCAGCAGCAACAUCAGCAACAGCCAGCCCAGCAAGUACCGCAGACCCAACAGCAGCAACAACAGGUGCAACAGCCGCAGCAGCAAACGCAGCAGCCUUCGACACCCUCGCAUCACCUGAGCAGCAUUCUCAACGAAACGGCCAACUCGAAUGAUUCCUCCACUUUGGCAGUGGCUGCCAAUGACAGCAACAACAGCAGCAGCAACAGCAGCACCAACAGCAUCGUCAACAACCAGCCGACGUCGGUGCACGACAGCAACUCGCAGAGCAGCAUCAACAGCAGCAGCAACAACCAGCAACAGUUGCUCAUGGACAACACGAAUUCGCACGGAGGCAAUUCGGAGUCUGCCCAGCAUGUUGGCGUGGAUGUUGGUCUCUUCGACAACAACUCCAUGUCGUCCACAUCCGCAGCAGUGGCUGCCGUGGCCUCGAAUGCAGCUUCUGCAGCAGCAGCACUGCUGGACAGCAAUUCGCAGUCGUCGAAUGCCGAGUUUGAGAAGAACCAGAGCGAGGGCGAGGGAAUCGGUGUCCCUGCCAAUGAAACCGAGUUGCCGCAAGACGAGAGCAGUGUUUCCAAAACCCAGGACGUAAGCCUAAGCACUGAAUUGCCGGCAGUCCAGGAGGAUGUGCAAGAUAAACCCGCCGAGGAGAUGGAACAAACUCAGCUGAGUCAAUCUCUAGGCGAUUUGUUGGAGGAACCCAAGAUCGUAGAGGAACUGGGAGAGGAUAAAUCUCAAUCUGCCACUGGAGGAGUGCCGCCUGUGGAUCCUACAACCCUAGUGGGACAACCGCCGCAGCAACAGGUGCCUCCCAUGGGAAUGCCCCUGCAUCCAAUGGCCCCCGGAUACGAUGGUCAGGCUCAGGGUCAUCCAAUGAUGCCUCCGUAUGGUGGAGCACCCGGCAUGUAUCCACCGUAUCCGAUGCUGCAUCAGCAGGAGAUUGCCGCACUGCAGCAGCAGAUCCAGGAAAUGUACUGCCUGCCUCCGGGACACGAGCUCCAGCACCAGGACAAGUUGAUGCGAAUGCAGGAGCGAUUGAAUCUCCUCACCCAACACGAGGUAAACGAUCAGUGUGCCGGCGGACCGCAGUGCCUGCUCUUCCAGAACGUGCCGCCAAUGUACGGACCCCCGGGAAAUCCUCUGCUGAACCAGCAAAUGGUGGAGAGCCCCCAGGUGUCCAGCACCACGGGAAGGGGACGGGGAAAGGGAGCCAACAAGCCAAGGAAACCGCGCGCCAAGAAGGGCGAAAAGGGUCAGGCUGGUCAGCAGCAGGAUCUGAUGGAUAUCAGCGGCAAUGUGGUGACUGCUGGAGCAGCCAGCGGUGUUCCGAGUAUCCCAACGACACAGCUGCCCGUCUCCGAGGACUGCGUGACUCAGGGAGCGGGCGAUACCAGCGUGGUGGGCAUGCUGGAGUACAGCGAAGGCAUGGGCGAUCUCUCGCAGGAUGUGCACUCGGCCAACGAACUGGACACCUCCACCGAUGGCAGCGGCAAGAAGAAGAAGCCACGCAAACCCAGGACGCCCAAGGAUCCGAAUAAAACCCCGCGCGACAGGACUCCGAAGGCCAAGAAGCCCAAGGAUCCCAGCGAUCCCAACUCCACUGAGACACCGGCAGCGGGUAAGAAACGAGCCAGUGUCGCGAAGCGCAGGAAACAGUACGGCGAGGAGGGAGCCGAGCAGACGGGAGAGGGCAGCGAAGUGGAGGACAACAAGCCGUUGGUGCCCAAAGCGGGAUCAGCCGACGGGGAAGCGGAGACCACUUCGGGAGGAACUGGCGUGGACGGAGAGUCUCCGGACUACGAUGACAUACCCGUUUCGAAGAUUCCACGGGGCGCCAAUGAAGAGGACAAGGACGCCGAGGCCGGCGAUGAAACGGUUGACUCUGUUCCAGAUUCGGCUGGAGAUCCAGCCUCCACUCCGAGCAGAAGAGAUCGCAAACGAUCCACUGCCAGGAGUCGCCGCAAUGCAAAUUCCGAGGAGGGAGGCAGUGCGCGCAAGAACCGAGGAUCCCUCUCCGCCAAGGCACUCAAAAAGCGCAGGAAUAGGGGACGCAUUGUGCCCGAAUCCGAUGGCGAAGACGACACAUUGGACAGAACUCCGCCGCCAUCACCUCCGCCGGACUCUGAACUGGAUUCCAACAAGCGAAGAUCCUCGAGGAAUACGCAGAGAAAGAAGUACAUCGACGAUGUAAUGCUGAGGUUCUCCGAUGACGAAAACUCCUUGUUGGUGGCGUCUCCUGUGAAGAAGGAUAAGAAAUCCUCUGCCAAUGCGGGUAAUUCCAAUGCAGGCAGUGAUGUGGAGAAGGCGGAACCGCAAUCCGGUGCCGAAGGAGAGGCUGGCCAGGAGGCGGGUGGCGAGGAGAAGUCGAACCUGCCAGUGGAUGAAAACAGCCAACUGGAAGCCAGUUCGAGUACUUCAGCAGCGGCGGCAGAAAAGGCGGAAAAGGAGCGCCAAAUCUCCAGCGAUGCCGCAAACGCAGCCAUGUCCUCUAAGCCCAAUUACGUGUACAUAAACACUGGCGAUGAGGACAGCAUGGUUGUGCAAUUGGUCCUGGCCAUGCGGAUGGGAAAACGUGAACUCAUCCCUGAAAAGCCCAAGGAAAAAGCUACUGAACCAGCUACUGAAAAGAAGGAAGAGAAAUCGGAAUCUGAAGAAGCUUCAGCGGAAAAGGUUGAUGGCGAGGAGAAACCCAAAAUUGAGGGUGCAGAUGGUGAAUCCAAGGAAGAAUCAGCCGAUCCAGAGGGUGAGAAGUCCGAAACCUCCAAAAUGGAAGUGGAGGGCAAGGAGGAGGAGGAUACUAAGAAAUCUGACGAGGACAACAAGGAUGAGGACAAAAUGGACGUUGAUGAUGAAGCUGAAAAGUCAGAUAAAUCAGAUAAAAGUAAACCAGAGGAGGAGGAGCAAUCAGAAACAGUAAAGACUGAGGAGAAGGCCGAAACCACUGAGGAAGACAAAUCUUCUGGCGUAGAAACGGCGGAUGAAGCCAAGGAAACGGAGAAAAUGGAUGUAGACGAGAAGGAAGAAGCCAAGUCGCCUAAACCCAAAGAAGAAUCUGAUGAAAAGUCAACUGACGAAGCCAAACCCGAAGAGGCUACUGCAGAAAAAGAUAAGGAAACUUCAGAGAAGAAAGACGAAAAGGAGCCAGGCAAAGAGGCAGAAGAGGAACAACCAGAAAAGAAGGAAACUGGUGACGAAAGCGAAGCUGACAAGGAAAACAAACCCGAGCCCGUCUUUAUCGAUGUGGAGGAGUACUUUGUCAAGUAUCGCAACUUCAGCUACCUCCAUUGCGAGUGGAGAACCGAGGAAGAGCUCCUAAAGGGAGAUCGUCGGGUGGCUGCCAAGAUUCGCCGCUUCCAGCAGAAGCAAUCGCAGCAAUUGAAUAUUUUCGAGAACAUCGAGGACGACCACUUCAAUCAGGACUUUACCGAAGUGGACCGAGUGCUGGACAUGUCCGUUCACACGGAUGAAACCAGUGGUGAGACCACCAAGCACUACCUGGUCAAGUGGAAGUCCCUGCCCUACGAGGACUGCACUUGGGAGCUGGAGGAGGAUGUGGAUAACGACAAGAUCGAGCAGUAUCUGCGCUUCAAUAAAGUUCCUCUAAGGUGCGAAUGGAAAGCCAAGAAACGUCCGCAUCCGGAAUUGUGGAAGAAACUGGAGAAGACUCCCAUCUACAAGGGAGGAAACAGCCUGAGACCUUAUCAACUGGAGGGUCUCAAUUGGUUGAAGUUCUCCUGGUACAACACGCACAACUGCAUCCUGGCCGAUGAGAUGGGUUUGGGAAAAACCAUCCAGAGCCUGACCUUUGUGCACUCUGUCUAUGAGUACGGAAUCCGAGGGCCCUUCUUGGUCAUUGCUCCGCUCUCAACGAUUCCCAAUUGGCAGCGAGAAUUCGAGGGCUGGACGGAUAUGAACGUGGUGGUUUAUCACGGUUCCGUGACCAGCAAACAAAUGAUCCAAGACUAUGAGUACUACUAUAAGACAGACAGUGGCAAGGUGUUGAAGGAGCCCAUCAAGUUCAACGUUUUGAUCACCACUUUUGAGAUGAUUGUCACGGAUUACAUGGACUUGAAGGCCUUCAACUGGCGUCUUUGUGUAAUUGAUGAGGCUCAUCGUCUCAAGAAUAGGAAUUGCAAGCUCCUCGAGGGUCUGCGUCAGCUUAACUUGGAACACAGGGUCCUGCUGUCCGGAACUCCCCUGCAAAACAACAUCAGCGAGCUGUUUUCGCUGCUCAAUUUCCUGGAACCCUCGCAGUUCUCCUCGCAAGAGGAGUUCAUGUCCGAGUUCGGAAGUCUUCGCACCGAGGAAGAGGUGAAUAAGCUGCAAGCCCUGCUUAAGCCAAUGAUGCUGCGUCGUCUAAAGGACGAUGUGGAGAAGAGCUUGGCGCCCAAGGAGGAAACCAUUAUCGAGGUGGAGCUCACCAACAUACAAAAGAAGUACUAUCGCGGUAUACUGGAACAGAACUUUAGUUUCCUGAAGAAGGGAACCACAUCGGCUAAUAUUCCCAACCUGAUGAACACCAUGAUGGAGUUGAGAAAGUGCUGCAUUCACCCGUAUCUGCUGAACGGAGCAGAGGAACAAAUCCAGUAUGAUUUCAAGUCCCAGCACGGCGAGGAUCCCGAGUCAUAUUACAAGAAUCUGAUUCUUUCCGCCGGUAAAAUGGUUUUGAUUGAUAAGUUGCUACCCAAACUGAAAGCCAAUGGACAUCGAGUGCUGAUAUUCAGUCAGAUGGUGCGAUGUCUGGAUAUCCUAGAGGACUAUCUGGUGUACAGAAAGUAUCCCUUUGAGCGAAUUGAUGGACGCAUUCGAGGCAAUCUCCGUCAGGAGGCCAUCGAUCGUUAUUCCAAGCCAGGAUCCGACCGAUUUGUAUUCCUGCUCUGCACCAAAGCAGGAGGGUUGGGCAUUAACUUAACAGCUGCCGAUACGGUCAUUAUCUACGAUUCGGAUUGGAAUCCACAGAACGAUUUGCAGGCCCAGGCCCGAUGCCAUCGUAUUGGCCAAAGGAAGAUGGUGAAGAUCUACCGAUUGCUCUGCAGGAAUACCUACGAGCGCGAAAUGUUCGACAAGGCUUCGAUGAAACUUGGACUAGACAAGGCUGUCCUGCAGUCGAUGAACACCCAGGGCUCCAAGGAUGGCAAUAACAAGCAGCUGUCCAAGAAGGAGAUCGAAGAUCUUCUAAAGAAGGGCGCCUAUGGCGCUGUCAUGGAUGACGACAAUGCUGGCGACAAGUUCUGCGAGGAGGACAUCGAUUCGAUCCUCAAGCGCCGCACUCAAGUCAUCACCAUGGAGUCAGAGAAGGGCUCCACCUUCUCGAAGGCUUCGUUCGCUGCCUCUGGCAACCGAUCGGAUAUCACCAUAGAUGACCCCGAUUUCUGGACAAAGUGGGCCAAGAAGGUUGACAUUGAUCCCGAUGCUUGUGAACGAGAUGAAACGGAGGAUUUGGUCUUGUCCGAGCCCAGGAGACGCACUCAAAUCAAACGCUAUGGCCACGAGGAUGUGAUGGAGAUCAAUUCCGAGGAAUCUUCUAAUGAGAACAGCGAUGAGGAGGGAGGAAUAGGACUCCGUUCCCGUCGCCGCAAGGAGAAACGCGAUCGUAAUCGUGAAAAGAAGGGCCACGAUGAGUACAUUCCACGCGAGCGGGAUGCCCUGGCCGCUUUGGGAUUGGAGGAGAUUCAAUAUGGCAACUGGGCCAAGUCCGAGUGCUUCAAGGUGGAGAAGGGACUGCUUUCCUUUGGUUGGGGCCGUUGGUCGGAACUUUUGGAGCUGGGACAAUUCAAACGAGGUUGGCGCGAUAUAGACGUCGAGGACUGUGCUCGCAUCAUCCUUCUUUACUGCCUGCAGGUCUACAAGGGCGACGAGAAGAUCAAAACGUUCAUCUGGGACCUAAUUACGCCGACGGAGGAUGGAGAGGUGCAGAAGAUCAGCAGGGAUCAUAGUGGCCUACACAACUUGGUGCCACGAGGUCGAAACGGUGGCAAGUCCAACAAGGAAACCACUCCUGCCCCCGGCACCGCGUCCGGUAGUAAUAGUGGCAACACGACUCCCGCCCACAAAUCCAGUGCCCUGGAUGGAUCCGACAAGGAUGGCGGUGGAAUCAGUGCCAGUGCUGUGGCCGCGGCGGUCACCAGUAUCCACGAUCCGAAUCACUGGAGCAAGAAGGAGAAGUACGACGCGGAUGCGUACUUGGAGGGGGCCUACAAAAAGCAUUUGGGCAGACACGCCAAUAAGGUUCUGCUGCGCGUGAGGAUGCUCUAUUAUAUACAACACGAGGUCAUUGGCGAGUUCGUUCAGCAGAUUAAGGACAAUACGCCCAUCAGCGAGCUCCCCAUUCGCCCGCCGCCAACGCCAGAUCAAGUGCCAUCCUCAUGGUGGAAUCCCAUUUGUUGUGAUAAGAGUCUGUUGGUCGGAACCUACAAGCAUGGCUGUGAAAUGUAUCGUCAAAUGCGCGCCGAUCCCAAUCUGUGCUUUGUCACCCAUGUGGGCGCCGGUGCGGCCGGUGACGAUUUGGCUGUCACGAAUUUGCCGAUAAACGAAGACGACGCAAAUUCGAAGCACGACGAUGGCGAUGAGGUGGACGACGAUGGCACCACCACGACCAAAGACUCCGACUCCACCAAACUCACCGGGGGCGACAACAAGGACUCGCUUCUCGACCCGGAGCGCCCCAGUUCGUCGGGUAAGACCAGCAGCGAAAAUGGCAGCGCCGGCAGCGAGAAAACGGAAUGCGAAAAAGAGGCCACGACCACCGUUUCCGAAACCGAAUCCUCAUCCAAAUCCGACGUCUUGCCGGGCAAGGGCAGCGAUGUCGAUGUGGCGGUCGCCCAGCAGGAUGCACCAUCAGCAACUCCAGAAUCGGCAGACACAUCAGAUACUAAAAUCAGUAAAAAGAGCCCGCCGCCAGUCUCAGUCUCGGCUUCCCGCGAUCCGGCCGACUCCAGUUCCCCGGAGGCGGCAGGAGAAGUCCAGGAGACCGGGGCCAAGGCUGGCGGCGAUGCCGGCGAAUCGGACAUCGAAUCGGAGAAAAAAGAAAAAGAAACCGAAAAGGAAAGCGAGGAGCCCACUGCUGCUGCUGCUCCUGCUGGGGAAACCAAAGGCGACGCCGCUGCCAUUGCCCGAGCCGAAGGCGAUAAAACGGAAUCAUGCACUAACAAUGCUACCACAAACAUCUCCACCACCACCACCACCACUACUACUACUACCAUUACCAAUACCACCACCAAUAAUCCAUCAUCCAAAGCGGCUAACUCUAACAACACGACCGACAAUGCUAACUCCAACUCACAUUUAGGCUUGGACGAGGAGGAGAGCGUCGCCGGCAGCUAUCCGCCCACCGUGGCAGCAGUCGAGGAUGCCACAACCAUGUGGCCGUCGAUGCAGGACCUCAACACGCGUCUGCGGCGAGUGAUCACCGCCUACCAGAGGAACUACAAGAAGGAGGAACUGAAGUUGCAGCAGAAGGCCAAGCUCCAGGCAUUGGUCUCCUCGACGCCCCCGCUCUCGGUGCCCACCACACCCACCCUACAGUCCAUGCAAAUGCAGCUGCAGAGCGGCUCCGGCGGCAGUGGCUCCGGAGUGGGAUCCUCUGGUCAGCACGAUGCCAGUGGCCGGAGUCUCCAGGCGUUGAUGCAAUCGCAGGGGGCCAGCACAUCCGCAGCAGCGGCGGCGGCCGCAGCAGGUGCCGGAGGAUCCGGUGGUGGAUCCGGCCAGGUGGGCACGGGCGGAGCGGGCGUAAUGCCAGCCAUGCCCACCGCCGCCGACAUCAGCCUAAUGCUCAGCAUCCUCAACACCACGGAUGUCAGCCAGCUGGCCAACUUGGACAUCAACAAACUGGCCAUGUACCUGGUCAGCAUGAACAAUAAAAUGGAGCGGCAGGGCAAGAUGGAACUGGCCGCCAAGGAGCGUGAGUCCCAGCGCCUUCAGCUCAUCCCCAAGAAGUGGAACCGGCGGGAAGAGUACGAAUUUCUUCGAGUUCUUACCGGCUAUGGUGUCGAUCUGCACCUCUCCACACCUAUGGGCUCCAGCAGUGGAAGUUCUCUGUCGCCCGACUGGACAAAGUUCAAGCAGAUGGCUCACCUGGAGAGGAAGAGUGAUGAAACACUGACGGACUACUAUAAGGUCUUUGUGGCCAUGUGCAAGCGGCAAGCGGGUUUAAAGCUCACGGAAUCGGAGCGCGGCCUAGAAGGCAUCAUCGAGGAGAUCGAGAAGGAGCACGCGAAACUCAUACUGGAUCGCUUGGAAGUACUUGCCAAGCUGCGAGAAGUGGCCCGUAAUCCUGUACUCGAGGAACGCUUGAAACUCUGCACCAAGAAUGCUGAUACUCCCGAUUGGUGGGAGCCUGGUCGCCACGACAAGGAAUUAAUUACCGCCGUCCUUAAGCACGGACUUUAUCGCUCCGAGACCUUCAUCUUUAAUGAUCCAAACUUCAGUUUUGGAGAGUCAGAGAAGCGUUUUAUUCGUGAAUUGGAGGCUCAGAUCCAGCGUACCAUCAAGCUGGAGGCUUUCAAUGCUGAAAAGGCCGAAAAGUUGGCUGCAGCUGAAAAAGCAGCGGCGGCUGAGAAGGCGGCUGCAGAAAAGGCGGCUUCCGUCAAGAACGAGGUCAUAGAUCUGGAUGAUGAACUCAUGACCGAUGAGAGCGUCAUCAAGAAGGAAACGCCUGCUACUCCCGUAAAGGAUGAAAUCAAAGCGGAAGAGAGUCCAGAAAAGAAGGACACUGCCGACAGCCCCGAAGCUAAGAAAUCAGAGAUCGAAGAGGAGCCUACAAAGACUGAAGCUGAGGUCAAGGAUGAAGAAGAUUUGAAGACAGAAGCCCCUGAGAAAGAGGCUGUAGACGAAGCUGAAAAUUUGGACAAGGAUAAAUCCAGCACUGAAAAAUCGGUACCAGAAGUCGAAGAAAGCAAGCCUAGCGAAGAGAAAAUGGAAACUGAGGAGUCAGCCAUUGCGGAAAAUGGUCAGGAGAAGGAGGGUUCCCCUGAAAAAUCCUCUGAGGCUGAGGAAAAAGAAUCUGUGGAAGAGGAACCGAAAACAUCUGAACCUCCUGCAGAAGAAGACUCAAAAAUGGAGGUCGAUGAAGUUGCCUCGAAGGCGGAAGAAAAAUCUGCUGAAGAUUCGGAAUCCCCCGAAAAGGAAUCGGAAGAUACGGCAAAGACUGCCAAGACUGACGAAGAGAAAGUAGAAGAAUCAAAAGAAGAGUCCAAGGAGCAAACAGAAGACAAGGAAAGCGAGAAGAAAUCUCCCGCAGAAGCUGAGCCCACUGAGAAAUCCCCAAUUGCAUCAGAACCUGAGGCAGCUGCUCCCAAGAAACCCGCUGGCGAGCAGGAGAUUCUCGACUUGGUUGCUGGUCCAUCGGAUCCCGACGAUGACGAGGUGAUGAAGGAAAAGGAAAAGGCCGUAGAAGAGGAGUGCAAGAAGCAGGCGGCCGAACUGAAAGCCCGCUUCCCGGACUUGGAAGUAAUCCAGCCUGCAACUGUGAAGCAGCAGAAGUUGGAGAAGCCCAAGUUGGAGAUGUGCAUGAUCCGUUGGUUCAAGGACUUCGCCUUGGAGCGCCGCAUUGCUCACAUCGUGGCCUGCGUCGAGUCUGGAAAGUGGCCUGUGGACAGCAAGUACAGUGCCUUUGCCAGCUGCAAGGGGGCCACUGAUCUGAGCAUUGCCCUGCACGAAUCCAUUCCCCACCUGAGCAGCUUGGAGCGUCGGUCCACAACCCCCGAUGUCAUCACCAUCACCACUGAUCAGGGUGUAACCAAGCACCUGCAGUCCUCGCAUAUGCAGCAGGUUGCCAGUUCAGCACCUGCGUCCUCGGGAAUGCCCCAGGUCACCCAGUCGAAGCCCUCGUCGGGCAACAGUUUACCCGGCUUGGAUGCCAAGAGCAUCAAUGCUGCGGUUGCGGCGGCUGUGGCAGCAGCUGCAGCGGGUGGAAACGCCACCUCGCUAUCCUCUUUGCUCCCGGGAAUGUCGCUGAGUGCGGCAACUGGUUCGUCGGCCGGCGGAGUCAGCGGAUUGAAUGUCCCGAGUGCCGGAUCUGGAGUGGGCAAGAAGCGCAAGCGACACAUCGCCAUCGACGUGGAGACGGAAAGGGCUAAACUGCAUGCCUUGCUCAAUAGUUCGACAAUGGCACCCAAAGACUGGGAGAGUGAGAUUGCCAACAUGGAGGCCUUGACAGGCUCUUCUGGUCGUGGUCGAGGAGGUAACUCUUCAGCCCUGAGUGGCAUGCAGCCGCCCCCAGCCCAUCAGCAUGCUUCGCUCUCGCGUCAGUCCUCUGGGCAGUUCAGCAAGCCAGCUGUGCCCGCCCUGAAGACACCUCCACCCUCUAUGGGUGCUCCCAUGGAUCUUUCCUCAAGCCUGCCGAAGAUGAACAUGACUGAGAUGCUCAAGUCGGCCUCCAGUGCGGGAGCCAUCGAUUUAAGUGAGGUCCAGGACUUCUCCAUGCCAUCCAAGAAGUCCAGUGUGCAUGCUGCGCUAAGUUCCGCCUUUCCCUCAAUGGGUAGUAAGAGCAAGCUAGACGACACACUAAAUAAACUAAUGAAAAAGAACAAUUGCACCAUUGAAGAGCCCGUUAUUGGCAAGGAGAAGAAACGCAAGAAGUUGGACGAAAUCGUGCUCGGCCUAUCGGCGGCUAAGGAGCAAAAGACCUUCCCGGACCCAUCGCUGCCGUCCUCGAAGAAGCCGCAGAUCCCGCCAAGCGUUUCUGUGACGCCGGCCAACCUUCAAUCCUCGGCCAGCCAGCAGUCCAACCAGAAACCCUUUACCAUCACUGUUACCACAGUGCCCGGAAAGUCCAAGGGCGGAUCGUCCAGCGGCGGAUCCGGCGCCGGAGGAAGCUCAUCGGCCAGCGGCGGAGGUGCCGGCGGCAGCGGCCUGAGCGCCCUGCAGAACAUGGCCAUGGGAGGGCUGUCCUCCAAGGACAGUCUGAAUGCCCUGCUGGCCCAGACAAUGGCCACCGACCCGCAGACGUUCCUCAAGCAGCAGCAGAAGAUGAUGCAGUUCCUGCCGCCUGCCCAGCGGAAGGCGUACGAGAACAUGCUCGCCGAGAUGGAGCAGGCCAUGAAGAUCAGCUCCAAGUUCUCGGCCAAUUCACCGCACGACGUGAAGGUCAACAAGUGGCUCUCGGACAUGACGAGUCCCCUGGGCGACCAGCUCAGCAUUGAUUACGUGGGCGGUGGCGGAGGAGCAGGUGGUGGAAGUGCCAACAGCCGGCGCUCCAACCGCCAGCAGGGCAACUCAUCGCAGCAAUCUUCGAGUGCCGCCCAGCUGCAGAAGCAGCAGCAGCAACAACAACAGCAGCAACAGCAGCAGCAACAACAUUCGAUGGCUGGUCCCCAAAAUCUGACUGGAGAGGAACCUGUGCCGGUAAUCAAUAAGCAGACUGGCAAGCGUUUGGGCGGCAACAAGGCGCCCCAACUGAAGCGACUUAUGCAAUGGCUCACUGAGAACCCCAACUACGAAGUGGAUCCAAAGUGGCUGGAGCAGAUGCAGAAUCCCAUGUCAGCACCAUCACCCAAACCCACAUCAAUGGACAGCAGCUACGGCUCCUCGGCAGUAAAGUCACAUGGAGGCCGCCCGUCGUCGAACUCGAGCAACGCCUCGUCGUCGUCCCACACCCAGCAACAGCAACAAUCAUCUGCGGCCCAAUCGCCAGCGGGAGGAAACUCUGGCAGCUCCAAGAAGUCGUCCCGCCAGCAGACGGCGGCCUCGGCUGCCCUGGAUCAAGCUGCCUUACAAUUCGGCUCCCUAGCCGGUCUGAAUCCCAGCCUGCUGGCCAAUUUGCCAGGACUGGGAGCAUUUGAUCCCAAGAACCCGCUGGCCGCUUUUGAUCCCAAGAAUCCGCUGCUAUCCAUGUCAUUUGGAGGAAUGCCUGGAAUGGGUAAUAUUCCCGGACUGGGUAAUCUGAACAACAUGAAUCUGUUUGCCAGUUUGGCGGGAAUGGGAGGAUUGGGCAAUCUCGCCGGGAUGGACACCCAGUCGCUGGCUGCGCUCAUGGCUGCUGCCGGACCAACUCUUGGCGGAUUGACUGGUGCAUCCGGAGGAGCGGGUUCCGGCAAGAGCCAGGGGCAGUCACAGUCGGGUGGCUCAUCCGCCGCCUCCUCAUCCUCGGCCAGCAAGAAGAAGCAGCAGCAGCAGCAACAACAGCAGCAGCAGCAGGCUCAAAAUGAAGCCGCUCAACUGGCGGCUGCAAUCAGCGCCAGCACUGGAGGAUCAUCUGGCGGAGCUGGUGGCAAGAAUGCAGCAGCUUCUGCGUCCCAAUUGGCGGCUGGAUUCCCCUUCCUAUUCCCGAAUCCAUCGUUGCUCUAUCCGCCCAUGGGACUGGGUGGCCUGAAUCCGUAUUCACUGGGAUCCAGUGGUCUGGGUUCCGCCUACGAUCAGCUGGCCCAGCAGUAUAACCUUCUGAAUGGAGCCACCUCAUCCGCCUCGAACACAAGCUCCACGCAGUCCAAGUCCCAUCAGUCGCAAUCGAAGUCCAGUCAGUCAAGAAAUGCCACAGCAACUGCCAACUCAGCAGCGAGUCUGAUGAACGCCAUGGCCAGCAUGGGCGGUGGAGCGAGCACAGUGACCACGCCCUCCACCUCAACAUCCGGAUCCGGACGUGGCAGGCAGUCGAGCAGCAGAAGCCAAUCGCAGACAACACCCACAGCGGCAGACAUGGCUCAACUGAGUAGCUUACUCAUGCCGGGUGCGGAUCCGCAUCUUCUCGAAUCGCUGAGCCGCAUGAGCAACAUGGACUUGGCGCAGGCCACUCGACUGAUGAGCUCCCUGGGAAUGCCGCCACUGCCGGGAACCCCGAGUUCCUCUGGAGGAGGCAACUCCUCGUCCUCGAGCAAGAGGAGCAGCCAAGCAGCUAGUGAAGCCAACGCCCAGGCGAAGGAGCAGCAGAAGUGGUUCGAGAGUCUGGCCCGCGGAGCCCUGCCCACAGAUUUGGCCGCCCUUCAGGCCUUCUCGCAGGGCAAAAUGCCGUCGUCAUCCAGCUCAAAUACGGGAACAUCCACUUCGUCCAGCAAGAGCUCGAAGGCAGCAGCAGCAGCUGCGGCUGCGGCAGCGCAACUGCCACAAAUUCCCGGAAUGUCCAGUGAUUUCUCACAGGCCUUCUUGGCUGAGAUGGCUGCCCAAGCAAUGGCCGCUGCGGGCGGAUCCCUGCCACUGAGUGGACCUGGUUCCUUGGCAAGUUUGGCUGGCUUAACUGGGGGCUCUGCAGGAGGAGCAGGUGGUGGAAGUUCCUCAACUUCGGGGAGCGGCAGCCACUCCUCUUCGAAGCGACAGCGAGAGCAAGAUGCCUUCAAGCAACAGAUGGACUAUUACACCAAGACUUUGGGUCUGGGAUCGGGAAUAUCGCUGAUACCUACCUCUUCGGCGGGCGGAUCGUCUGCAUCCUCCAGUUCGGCGAACGCAGCAGCAGCUGCGUAUGCUGCAGCCUUAGACGCAGAGCAACAACAUCAGCAACAGCAGCAGCAGAAGGCCCUUUCCAAGCGCUCACGUGGCGGCGAUUUGCAUCCCACUAAGGAGGAACUGGCCGCAGCUGCCCUUGCUGCAGGACUACCCCUGAACCUGGGAGCCAGCAUGAGCAGCAUAGAGAAGAGUCUACGCGGCGGAAGCAGCUCAAGCAGCAGCUCCACGCCUGCUCCCAUGUCGGCGGAACAGGAUAAGGUUACACUGACUCCCCUUAAUGCCUCUGGAGGGGGCUCCUCAGGCUCCUCCUCCAGCUCAGCGGCUGCUGCGGGAUUGGCGGCCAACCUGCCGAGUCAAACCACAAUAACCAUAGCUCCUCCCAUCAGCAGUGGAGCUAGCACUAGCAGCGAACGUUCCGAGCGCUCCGAGUCGCGCAUCUCGCUGACCAUAACCAAUGCUGCGGAUGCUGCCAAACUACCGCCGCCUUACGAGGAAGCCGACGAGUUGAUCAUACAGCCCAUACUCAAGAAGCCGGCGGCUGCGAAUCCAGGCAGCAGUCAUGGCGGCAGCGUGGAGGAUCUGGAAACAGCUGGAAACACCUCUGCGGCCAAUCUGAGUGGCUCAUCCUCGAGUUCUGCGGCGGCGGCGGCAGCAGCGGCUGCCGAAGAGAACCGUCGCUCCUCGAAUCGCCUGAAGCGCCCGAGAUCUGGAAACGAACAGGGAUCCGUGGAAGGACAACCGCCCGAGAAGCGAAGGGAGCUGCGAUCCACCCGACAUACGCGCUCCUCGGCCGAUGCCAGCACGCUAAAUCUUUCCACUGGCAGCGAGUCAGGUGCGGAGGAACGGAACGAAUGAGUAUUGCGUAGAUCCGAGCGCCAGCGCUAGCAGGAUGACACGGCUCCUCCGAGGGGCAGGAGAAAGCCACGUGGAGGAGGAGUCUCAACUAGACAGCCACCACAACAACCGGAGCAGAAAAUCAAGGACAAGAAGAUCAUGAGAAACCAGUUGCAGAUGCGAAUGCAAACGAGAUCGAGGCGAAAAUUGAAUGCUAGGCUAACUGUUACCACUAGAUCCCUUAAGCUUAAAGUUGUGUAAAGUAUAAGAAGCAUAUAUAAACUAUAUAUAGAGGUUAGGAGCCAAUAUGGAGAGAGUGGAUUGGGAAAUUUGGUGGCAACGCCCUGCAGUUCGACACUGCUGCAACUCCGUCAGAAUUGGAGGGCAUGGCGCCAUCCCCAGCUGAUGAUGGUUUACUGAAGUUCCAUCUGCUGCACAUAAUGGAACUUGGUAAAUCAAUCGCUUCCCUCGCUCUGGCUACUUAAAUAUUCAUACAGUUACGAACAUAAUUAAAAAGCGCUUAUAAUUUAAUUGUAACGAGAGAAGCAAAGUGCUGAUGCAUGAAGAUUAUCCGUUUAAAUUAUUGCAACCACACACACAUAAUUAAUAAGCGACAGCAAAAAGUUUACAUAAUAGACUAUAUCCAUACACUAGAAGAAGAGACACAGAUACUUGGGUUUCCUGCGCUGUCCUCACACAUGAAAAGUCUCUAUAUACGAUACCUGUACAUAAUUUAUAAUCUUUAAAUGGCUCUCGCAUUGCUUAACCGUUUUUAAUAUAGUAAGGCACCAUGUAUUCUCAUACUGAAUCAUUUUCCACACUCCACCACACCCACUAUGUUGUAUUGUAUACUGUACUCUCUACUCUCUCUGUGUGUCCCACGAAAACUGCGUGUAAUUUUGAUAAUUUUAAUUUUGUAAUUAGUGAAUGUGAAAGGAAUGGAAUGCUAAGGCGAGAAUCAAUCGUUGAAGCGAGUAUUUUAUUUCUUGUAAUUGUAAUUUGUAUGUUUUAAAAUGCACUCGAGUGUUCCGCAAAGAACAAAACCAACCUAUAAGCAGACCUGGCGCAUAACAAACAAAUGAAAAAUGUUUAUUGAAAAAUAGAAUUUUUUAAUUAAAUCAAUUUUAAAGUAAUUGAGAAUCGGAGAACUUGAAUCUUGCACGUUUGAUGAGCAGCAAUGCUAAAAUUAUGGCAUUUUGCAUAAUUAUUCAGUUGAGUAAACGGAGUUAUGGAUAUAUUUUGCCUGCACUUUACGACAACCAUUCAUUUAGAGACGUUUACAAUGCCACACACACACACAAAAAAAGAGAAGAAAGCAAAACAAACAACCAACAUAUAUUGCAUACUUAACUUGUAAGUAUAAGUCUUAAUUAAAAUUAUAAUAUAACUGCAGAACAACAAACAAAAGCAAAACAUCAACCAGAAGAAGCAACUACAGCAACAACAGCAAGUAACAACCAAGCAUCAGCUAUUGAUAUUGAUGAUAAAUAAAUAUAUAAAAAAUAAAUU